CAGACACACUGAGAAGCCAUGAAUAUCUUCAUCUUCUUUGCUGUCCUGGGAGCUGCUGUUGCUCUCCCUACAAAUGAUGAUGACAAGAUUGUUGGAGGCUACACCUGUCCGAAGCAUUCUGUUCCCUAUCAAGUGUCUUUGAAUGAUGGCACUGGCCAUCAGUGUGGGGGCUCCCUCAUCAGUGACCAAUGGGUCCUGUCUGCAGCUCACUGCUACAAAAGGAGACUCCAGGUUCGCCUUGGAGAACACAAUAUUCAUGUCCUGGAGGGUGGUGAGCAGUUCAUUGAUGUGCAAAAGAUCAUCCGCCACCCCAAGUACAACAAGGAUACUCUGGACAAUGACAUCAUGCUGAUUAAACUGAAGUCCCCUGCCCUCUUGGGCUCCCGAGUGUCCACAGUCUCUCUGCCCAGAUCCUGUGCAUCUGCAGGUGCUUGGUGCCUUGUGUCUGGCUGGGGAAAUACUAUGAACCUUAUAGGCACAUACCCAGCACGCCUUCAGUGUCUGGAAGCCCCUGUUCUCUCUGCCAGUUCUUGCAGAAGUUCUUACCCAGACAUGAUCACCAGGAACAUGUUCUGCCUGGGCUUCCUGGAAGGUGGAAAGGACUCUUGUGAUGGUGAUUCUGGUGGCCCUGUGGUCUGCAGUGGAGAAAUCCAGGGCAUUGUCUCCUGGGGUACAGGCUGUGCAAUGAAGGGCAUGCCUGGUGUCUACACCAAGGUCUGCAACUACCUGAGCUGGAUUGAGGAGACCAUGGCCACCAACUGAGUCUUUCACCCUCCAUAAACCAUGUGGUCUUGAUCCAUAUCUCUUUCAUCUUAUGCCUGAAAUAAGAUUUAAAUAAAAUA